CUCAGGCCCUGGAGCUUCCAGAAGAGUGCUCUCGGGAGUGGCCCUAUGAAGGAGUUGGAUAGGCAUUGGGAAUUAAUCCCAGAUGCAGUUUUGGAAGCGGAAGGGAAGGUAAAGAUUGGAGAAAAGGGAGCAAGCAAUGCAUAUGGAGGAGGCCAGCAUCUGGUCUGGAAAGGAUUUAGUUCAGUUGAAGAGAGGUGGUGGACUAAGGUACUGAAUACCCUAAGAAGCGUGAGAGAUUUGAUUAGCGCUUCAGAUGAGAGGGCAGUGUGUUUUUCUAUAUUUCUUAGAAUACAGCCUGCACACCAUCUUUUUGGUUACUUUUCUGUACUGAGAGUAGCUAAAACUGUUAGACUGAGCUACAGGCAUGUGCCCAUGCAUACUGGUUAAUAAAGAAAUCAGCCUCCUAGGCCAUGCUGGUUUUAAGGUCUGUUUCUUCACUUGAGCCCCAGCAGAAGACAGAUGGACCAGUCCUCAUAGUGGAUGACCACCCUUGCCUGACUAACAGAUGGGCUAGUACCUGGGGUCUAUCAGUAGACUUUGAAUUUAAUAAAUCAACUGAAUGAAGCAAUGUAACAUCUUCCUGGGGAAGACUUUGGAAUCUUCAGGGGGGGAGGGGCCUGGACACACCCCUUCCCCCCAGACUCCUCCCCCUCACAGUCCGCUCAGCCAUGGACUUUGGACCGGGGUAAAAGAAACUACAUUUUUUGUUGGAUUUGACUUGGAUUCUGUUUUGGAAUUGGAAGGCUGAAUGGGGGUUUGAUGUUCUGGGGAGCAACUGAGAGGAGAAAGGUGUAUAAUCUAAAUAGCCCAGAGGAGGAUCUCUAGAAGGCAACCCAAGGGCAGCCUUGAGCCCUCCCUUGCCCGCCCUCCCUGGUGGGGGCCAGGAUGCUGAAGAAGCAGUCUGCAGGGCUUGUGCUGUGGGGAGCUAUCCUCUUUGUGGCCUGGAAUGCCCUGUUGCUUCUCUUCUUCUGGACACGCCCAGCACCUGGCCGGCCACACUUAGACAAUUCUCUGGAUGACGACCCUGCCACCCUUACCCGCGAGGUGAUCCGCCUGGCUCAGGAUGCUGAGGUGGAGUUGGAGCGUCAGCGGGGGCUGUUGCAGGAGAUCAGGGAGCAUCAUGCUCUAUGGAGCCAGCGGUGGAAGGUGCCCACUGUAGCUCCUCCUGCUCAGCCUCGUGUGCCCGUGACCCCGUCGCCAGCUGUGAUCCCCAUCUUAGUCAUUGCCUGUGACCGUAGCACUGUCCGACGUUGCUUGGACAAACUGCUGCAUUAUCGGCCCUCAGCUGAACACUUCCCUAUUAUCGUCAGCCAGGACUGUGGGCACGAGGAAACAGCCCAGGUCAUUGCUUCCUAUGGCAGCGCCAUCACACACAUCCGGCAGCCUGACCUGAGCAACAUUGCUGUGCAGCCUGACCACCGCAAGUUCCAGGGCUACUAUAAGAUUGCCAGACACUAUCGCUGGGCACUGGGUCAGAUCUUCCAUGAGUUUAAGUUCCCAGCUGCUGUAGUGGUGGAAGAUGAUCUAGAAGUGGCGCCAGACUUCUUUGAGUACUUCCAGGCCACUUACCCACUGCUGAGGAAUGACCCCUCUCUUUGGUGUGUGUCUGCCUGGAAUGACAACGGCAAGGAGCAGAUGGUAGACUUGAGCAAGCCAGAUCUGCUCUAUCGCACAGACUUUUUUCCUGGCCUGGGCUGGCUGCUGUUGGCUGAACUGUGGGCUGAGCUGGAGCCCAAGUGGCCCAAGGCCUUCUGGGAUGACUGGAUGCGCCGGCCUGAGCAACGAAAGGGGCGAGCCUGUGUGCGUCCUGAGAUCUCAAGAACAAUGACCUUUGGCCGCAAGGGUGUGAGCCAUGGGCAGUUCUUUGACCAGCAUCUCAAGUUCAUCAAGCUGAACCAGCAGUUUGUGCCCUUCACCCAGCUGGACCUGUCAUACCUGCAGCGGGAGGCCUAUGACCGUGAUUUCCUUGCCCGCGUCUAUGGUGCUCCCCAGCUACAGGUGGAAAAAGUGAGGACCAAUGACCGGAAGGAGCUGGGGGAGGUGCGGGUGCAGUAUACAAGUAGGGACAGUUUUAAGGCCUUCGCCAAGGCCCUGGGGGUCAUGGAUGAUCUCAAGUCAGGUGUUCCCCGGGCCGGCUACCGAGGCAUUGUCACCUUCCAUUUCCGGGGCCGUCGCGUCCAUCUGGCGCCCCCACAGACCUGGGAUGGUUAUGAUCCUAGUUGGAAUUAACAGCAUCUGCCUGUCCCUCUGGGGUCUCCUCCUUGCCAUGCCAUGAGCUGUGAUGGGACUGCAGUCCCUGGGCUGCGUCGUCCUGUCUGUAUUGCCCUUUUGGGUCCAUUUAUCUUUUGGUUUUUCCUUUGUGUUUUCUUUUGAGUGGCAUUCAAGUGCACAGAUGUUAAGAUGAAGAUUAUUCUCCCGUUCUCAAGGGAGUCAGAGGAGAAGGGUCAUUCUGAGGUGUGUUGAGAGGUAUUAUUGUACAAGAAACCACUGUGUGGUAGGAGACGUGGGCUUAUUGGGGCCAAGAAUGUCUACAUCCUGAGUUUUCUCCUGUGGUCUCUGCAGACAGGUUGGCAACUUCAGCUUUCUUGAUCAGGCCUCUUCUGUGAUUUGGCUCUUCCAGCCAGGCUGUGAGCCUCCUCCUGUCUUUUCUUUUACCACCUUGCACCAACGUGGGGCUGGGUUAUGGGAAAAGAGGAUUAUCUGUGGCCAAAAUGAAACUAAACAAAGGAGUUUCACUGCAGGGUCAAGGUAGAGUUGAUGGGUGCCAGGGUUUACUGUCUCCUGCCCUUCUCAUCACUGAUCUGCUCUCAGCUCUUAUUUCCCUACAGUCUAGUACUUGAUAGUUCAGAGAUGAAACAUGGAGGAGGAAAAGCAAGAUAUCCCCCUUGGCUCAUGCCCAUUUGUCAGCAGAGAGGUGGUAGGAGCAAAGAGGUGGAUAUUCCCCAUCUAUUGCUUGCCUCAAAGAAAUACUAUUACUAGACUCCCUCCUUUCUAAAAAAAUCAGCCUCCCUGUUUUAGGAGGACUCCGUGCUGGCGCGAAGACAGUUGAGCUCCCCUGUCUCUUUCUCCCCUAGGGUUUGGUGCUCAGACCUUUCCCUGAGGACUGCGGCUUCAAGUGGCCUUCUCAGCCUAAGCUAGAGUAGCUGAGAUCAGGACAGUUCUGGCCCUGGAACAGACCCUGCAUAUUCCCAUGUCCUCACAGGCUAGGAAAUGGCAGGUCCAAGAGGGAUUUAAGUGUUUUUAUUGCCUGAACUCAGUUUCGCAGAACAAAGUGGAAUCUACAGAAUUAUUUUCAAAAAUAAAGACUGAAUUGUCUGAAA